CAACAACACAGACUAACACACUCACACACGAUAAAGUAAAAACGUUAAGGUUUGUAUACAGUUUGUAGUUUAAAGUGAACUACAUCUCCCAUGAGGUGAAUGGGCUGGACUAAAUGUGACGUCACUGCUGACCAAUGAGGAACCGCGCUGUCGGCGGGGGGCGGGGCUUCUGCUCCCGUCCAGAGAAAGUGCCACGACUCCGCAGCCCGACUCUCCUGAGACUUCCUGCUCCUCGCUCUGACUCGUCAUGGACGUCUCCGACCCGCAGACUCUCGGCUUCAUGGUCUUCGGAGGCUUCAUGUUCAUCUCAGCGGUCGGCAUCGCGCUGGUGUCGACGCUCUCCAUGAAGGAGACAUCGUACGAGGAUGCGCUCGCCAAGCAGCGCCGCAAACAACCGCCGCCCACCAGAGCAGAGAAGAAGAAGAAGGAUAAGAACCAGGAGAAGAAGAACAAGGCCAAGAGGAAGGAGGAGAAGGAGGAGGAACCGGGGAGCGACACCGGCGAGGAGGUGGCUCCAACCGAACCAGAAUCGGAACCAGAACCUGCCGCUGAGCCUGAACCUGAGCCUGAACCUGAACCUACACCAGAACCAGAACCCAUCGUGGUUGCCCCCACCAUCGAGGCUCCUCCAGCCGCCGCACCAAAGGAGAAGAAGAAGAAGAAGUCCGCCAAGGUGGAGCCGGUUGUCGUGGCGGUGGAAACUGCCGCUAAGGAAGUUCUGAUGAUGGCGGUGGCGCCGGUGGUCGACGUAUCUCCCGUUAACGUCGUCGCUAAAGUCACCAAAGAACCGCCGGCUGCUGUUAAAGCUGAAGAACCCAAAGAGGCCCCCGCGGGCAACAAGAAGAAGAACAAGAACAAACCGGAGCCAGUGACCGACUCCUCGCUGCUGUACGGCGAGCUGCUGUCCGCCGUGUCCAACCGGACGCUCAGCGAGGACCAGACCAGCAAACUGAUGGAGGUCCUGAACCAGAAGGCCGGCGACUCCUGGCAGCUGGCCUGUCAGAAAGGAGACCCUCUGUCCACCCUGAAGAAGCAGCUGGAGGAGAAGGAGAAGCUUCGGACCGCCGAGCAGGAAGUUGCCGCCGCCGCCAAGACCCGCCUAAAAGAGCUCAGCAAGGAACUUGGUGCAGAGAAAUCCAAGAUGGGCUCUCUGGAUGCGCGUCUGAAGGCGGAGCUGAGCGCUCAGACUCAGAAACUGGACGCCAUGCGGGUCAGCAUGGAGGCCGGCGAGCAGGAGCACCUGAAACUCACCGAGACGCUGAACCAGAAGGUUGUUGUUCUGCAGGAGCAGCUGGAGAACGGGCCGAACGCUCAGCUGGCUCGGCUGCAGCAGGAGAACUCGAUCCUGCGCGACGCUCUGAACCAAGCGAGCAGCCAGGCGGAGAGCCGGCAGAACGCCGAGCUGGCCCGUCUGCGGAGCGACUGCCUGCACCUCAGCCGCGAGCUAACGGAGCGUAGCGACGCUCUGCGCGCCGACGAGGAGCGCCGCCGCGGCCUGGAGGCAAAGAUGGCCGCCGCCGAGCAGGAAGCAGCCCAAACCCGGGACACUGAGUGCGCUCUGCAGCAGCGUCUGCAGGAAGUGAUGUCAGAGCUGAACGCCGCACAGCAGGAGGCCGCCGCCGUUAGCGAGCUGCAGGGGGCGCUGGCGCUCAGAGACGCCGACCUGCAGGAGCUCCGGGCCCAGCUGGAGAGCCAGGCUGCAGGACAGGGGGCGCAGGCGUCUGAGGUGGAGCAUCUGAAACACAGCGUACAGCUCAGAGACGAGCAGUCGGUGUUCUGGAGGCGGAGCUUACUGCGCUGAGGGCGGAGCUGCAGCUGAUGACAUCACAGAGAGAGGAAGCAGCUGGAGAGCAGAGAGAGGUACGCUCCAUUUCAUCACCUUCACACUUUAGAGAGG